GAAUUCGUACGUGUUACGUAGGACCAAAGUAGUAAGUCGAUUCACUUUCCGUUUUUUCGAAGUACUUUUACUUAGUAUCGUUUUCGUCCCAACUUAGAAAAGGUUGGACACAAAACCCCGACGAUCGAAGAUCAGAUUCGAUAGAAUGACUCGACUAGCACCAUUUCUAUUUGCACUUACAGUUUUCGCGGUUGCGGUAUUGUCUGGAGUUGAUGCCCUGGCAUCUUCUUCGUCUACGCGGAGGGGGUUCCUGAACCAGGCCAAGGCAGCCGGGGCGGCCUUGGUGGUUGGAUCAACACCAGGGAUUGCUGGAGCCUAUGAACGCCGGGACGUUGGAGAGGAGGGGAGCAUGUCUGCGGCGACAGCAGCUUUUAACGUACAAGCCGUGAAGACCAACAGCCGCCUGGAAGCCGAUGGUUUCAAGCUGGAUACGUUGGAAGAAGAGAAGGCAAAAUUAAGCGCCGCCAUGGCUUCCUUUUCCUACGAAUCUUCGACCGGGGGCAAGAAAAAGACAGGAUAUGGAACGAACAAUGCAUCCAAGCCGACCAAGACGAAUUGAAUCUCAAUUAUGGUUUAGACCGUUACUUUAAUAUAUUUGAAAGUGUGAU